AAAACCGGUUUCAGAAUACGAGAUGUUGUAUUGAUAAACAGUAUAAAGAAGGAACGCGGACUGUACGCAAGACUAGUGUUAGUUCGACAGUGAUGAAGUGAAAUAUUGGAGACCAAAGAUGUUAACAUCAGACUGAUGAAAGAUUAAUGAAGCAACAAAUUCCGAGCGAAAUUAUCUUGCUUGCUGAAGAGAUAAUUGUUUAGUUAUACCAAUUCAUGUGAUUUUUACGAAUUUUUUAAGGUUCAAUGCUCCAUCGUCUGAUAUUACUGCUGGCGACUUUGCCGCAACUAAUUCUCUGCCAAAGUUACAAUCAUCAGUGGGCAGCAGAAAUACCUGGCGGUGUAGAGCAUGCUAGAGAGGUUGCUGACAGUACAGGAUGCCAGUUAGAAAAUGAGAUUAUUCCCGGAGAGUCAAUAUACUUGCUUAGCUGUCAUCACGUCAGAAGAAGAUCAACAGAACAGGACUUUAAAGUACAUUCUGAUAUUAAUAAUCACGAGCAUGUAGUGUGGGCCGAACAACAAGAGGUAAAAAACCGAAGACGACGACAAGGAUUUUGGCCUGGGGGGUUUGGGGGAGGAGGGUGGGGGCAGCCCCAAAGCCCCCGAAGACAGCCUGAGCAAACAUACAGUAGUGAUUAUCCCUAUGAGAAUCCAUUAUCCUUAAAUGAUGAAAGAUGGGGCUUAAUGUGGUAUCUUAACAGAGGAAAUGGAAUUGAUAUGAACGUUCAGGAGGCUUGGGAGAGUGGUAUAACUGGCAAGGGAAUAGUAGUAACUAUACUUGAUGACGGAGUUGAGAAAAAUAAUCCAGACCUAGUGGAGAACUAUGAUCCCAUGGCUAGCUAUGAUGUGAAUGAGAAUGAUAAUGACCCAACUCCUCGCUAUGAUCUAGUGGACUCGAAUAGACAUGGAACACGGUGUGCUGGAGAGGUUUCAGCCUCUGCCAACAACAGUGUGUGUGGUGUUGGUGUUGCUUACAACAGCAGGAUCGGAGGAGUCAGGAUGUUGGAUGGAGAUGUUACUGAUGCUGUUGAGGCCCGAUCUAUCAGCUUGAAUAAUCAGCAUAUAGAUAUUUAUUCUGCCUCCUGGGGUCCAGAUGAUGAUGGGAAAACAGUUGAUGGUCCAGGCAACUUGGCUAAAAGAGCUUUUAUCAAUGGAAUACAGAAUGGUAGAAAUGGCAAGGGAUCUAUAUUUGUAUGGGCAAGUGGGAAUGGUGGUAGAGAUCAUGAUAACUGCAAUUGUGAUGGUUAUACAAACUCUAUCUGGACUCUGUCAGUAUCAAGUGCUACGGAGAAUGGUUUAAUCCCCUGGUAUUCUGAAGCGUGUUCUUCAACCAUGGCGACCACUUACAGUUCCGGUUCGUCUGGUGAACGGAAGGUGAUAUCAACGGAUCUGCACAACCUGUGCACAUCAACACAUACCGGAACAUCGGCCAGUGCUCCAAUGGCAGCUGGUGUUAUAGCUCUUGUACUCCAGGCUAAUCCUAGUUUAACUUGGAGAGACAUCCAACAUAUAACUGUCAGAAACUGUCAUGUAGCAAAUCUUCGAGCGACGGAUUGGCGAAUUAACGCGAUGGGGCGAAAUUUCUCGCAUUCGUUUGGUUACGGUAUUAUGGACGCUAGCGCUAUGGUCCGCAUGGCAAAAACUUGGACCGUUGUGCCGGAGCAAAAGUCCAGUGCCGUCAAUGCUGAUAUAGGACGAGUCUCGAUACCUCCUUCAAGCUCCAGGUCUGCCAAGAUGCAGGUUCAAGAUUCAGGAGACGUCAACUUCCUAGAGCAUGUUCAAGCACACAUAACGCUGACCGCUUUACGUCGCGGUGAUGUUCAAAUGUAUUUGACCUCUCCGGGGGGAACUAAAUCUCAGCUACUAGCCCGUAGACCUCAUGAUACUUCUAGAGCUGGAUUCCAGGAUUGGCCGUUCCUGACUGUAUUCUGCUGGGGAGAGAAUCCAAAAGGAUCAUGGCUUCUUGAAAUACAGAACGAUGGAAGAUCAAUGGUUGAGUUAUUGGCCUGGUCUCUCACUUUUCAUGGAACACUCUCCGAUCCUUCUCCUCCUCCUACUCUCCCUGCACCAACUCCCUCCCUGCCUUCUCCGUCUAAUCCUAAACCGAAGGAACCGGUUCCCGCGCCCGCCAUUAAACCAGAAUCCACGACUCGUUCUAAUCAUCGGUCUAGACCGCUGGCCACUGAAUCUUCCGCCCCCCCUACUCAUCAAGCUAGUCCAUUGGUUCCUGAAGCUUUUAAUAAUCCUUUACCGGAGGCUGUUGUUCCCACCAGUAUAGAAAAUUGUCUUGUCCAGAGUACAGCUGCCUGGUGUAGUGCCUGUAAGCCUGGAUAUCUGGUUCUGUCCGGGAAUUGUGUAACAAAAUGUCCUGAAGAAGGAUAUUAUCAGUUUACUGUGCAGGGGGAAUCUGACCUUUCUUCACAUUGUUUGCAGUGUUAUUACACUUGUAAAACAUGCUCAGGACCAACCAAUAGCAAGUGUGAGAGUUGCUACGGUGAUGCUGAGCUUGAUAAAUCCCAACCUGGUGAGAAAUAUUGUCACGAGAAGAACUUGGUUCUGCAGGUGUUCUCCUCCACUAGGUGGUACUACCUCCUUACCUUCGGAUUCCUCAUUAACAUUAUCCUCAUCAUAGUUCUCCUCGUCUAUAUAUACAGGAGGAAAUCUAAUAAAGGUGGAGUAUAUAGACCUGGAACUGUAUAUGACCGGGUACUCCAGGUUCCUACAGCUGGAAAAGGGUACAAGCCGGUGAACCCUGCAGAGCCAUCUGGUGGAUUAAAACCUUUUCAUGAUGACAUGAGUUCAGAUGAAGACGCAGGAGAAGGGUUCAUGACUCCGUAUUCAGACAAUCCCAAAGGGAAACCUUACAGAGACGAGGAAAAUAGAUGAGAGAGAAAAUUCAGGAUUCGGGGUUCACUUAAAUUCAUACAGAUUUGCACGAGGUUUUAUCUGAUCUGCAUUUAACGUUAUUUGUAUUUAAUUUUUAUGUAGAUUAAAUUUUGUAAUUUUUAUAAGCUUCCAUAUUGCACAUAGUCCUUUUAAUUAAUUGAUAAUUAUUUUUACUUUAAAGAAUCUGUAAUGGAUUUAAUAUCUUGCCAUUUUAACCCUUUCAUAUUUUGUAAAAAUUGAUGUAUGCCAAUUUUACAUUUUACACAGAUAAAAUAAUAUAAACAUUCUCGUUUAUGGUUGUAUUUUCUUUGGUAAAAUCUGAAUUUUAAGCAAGUUUUAAUGUGAUAGAUUUAUUGUAUUAAUGUUUUUGUACUAUUUGGAAUAAAGAUUGUAAAAAUAA